CAGACCCACGGCUGAAGACACAGCCAGUCGCGACCAAGAAAGAAAACGGUGGACUUGUUACUCAGUAGUGUGCAUUUGUGCAGUUGAGGUGGUCGCGAUUGCCAGCUGAUGUACCCAGGGCACUGACACUGACACAUCUCCGAAAUCGGAAUCGACCAUGAUGCGCUGCUGGCGAGAAUUCAUCUCCAACUGAAUCGGUCUAUAGUCGGGAAGUUUGUACCAUACUACGAUUUUGGCUUUGCCAUGGCGGUAAAUUCGAAUCGCCGACUUUUUCACAUCACAUGAAACGCGGAUAUAUUUUUGUGGAAGAUCACAAAGAACUUAUUUAUCGCCCCGACUAGUUGGCACGCAGGCGCCCGUCUCCGCCCUUCCGCCUAUGGCCCGAUUCAGCGCCCGCCGCAGCCGCCGGCUCUCUUGAUGCGAAGCGCAUGUCAGGGCCGCGACAUCGCCUCGCGGAGAAUCCUCGAGCCCGCUGCUGGCGACGCCGCUGGAGUGACGCUGCAGGCCGGCGCUCCCGCUCCCAGGACUGACAUGAUGGUGUACCCCGACCCGCAGUGGAAUUGCACCGCGACGGCGCCUAUGGUGCAGCUCUACGACGACGUGGGCUACCGAGUCAACGUUGUGGAAGCUCUACAAGAAUUUUGGCAAAUGAAACAAGCGAGAGGAGCAGACUUGCGCAAUGGCGCGCUUGUGAUAUAUGAGUCUGUUCCAUCAAAUGCUCAACCUUACGUUUGUUACGUUACAUUACCAGGAGGAUCAUGUUUUGGAAGUUUUCAGAACUGCCCAACCAAAGCUGAAGCGCGAAGAAGUGCUGCGAAAAUAGCUUUAAUGAAUUCUGUGUUCAAUGAACAUCCUUCCCGUAGGAUAUCAGACGACUUCAUAGAAAAAGCUGUUACUGAAGCCCGAUCAUCAUUCAAAGGUGAAAACGAAGAAGUCGAUAACCCCAACACUGGCAUCGGCGCCUUCCGAUUCAUGCUCGAAUCGAACAAAGGCCGCACGAUGCUCGAGUUCCAAGAACUGAUGACGGUGUUCCAACUCCUCCACUGGAACGGCAGCCUGAAGGCGAUGCGCGAAAGACAGUGCAGCCGACAGGAGGUAGUGGCGCACUAUUCGAACCGCGCACUCGACGACGACAUGCGCUCACAGAUGGCGCUGGACUGGAUAGCGCGAGAGCAGGAGUGCGCGGGAUCGCUGCGCAAAGAGCUGAACCAGGCCGAAAGGGAGCUGGAGUCUGCGCGGCUGGCAGGACGAGAGCUGCGCUUCCCCAAGGAGAAGAAGGACAUCUUGAUCUUGGCUCACAGUCAGGUCAGUGUGAGUUGAGAGGGAUGGACUUGAUGGUGAUGGAGAUGCGAAUUGAGCUCUUCAUAGAGUCAGCUGGAUGGUUUUACGGUGUUUCAGAACAAGAAUAAAGGUGCAUCCUCGAUUAACCUGCUAGCGAAGUGACACUUCGGCACGCGUGCUGCAAAACGGAUACCCAUCCUCAAUCCGGUCAAUUCAGUCAGCCUGAAUGUGACCACAGAACUAUUUAUAGUUCUGUGAAUGUGAUGUCUGACGUGACGUGAUGGCAUUAUUUCUUUGUUUUUGUUAUUAUUGUUAUUGAUGGGUCACUUGACCGAGCUUCGUAAAGAUAAGAAGUCCAAAGAUAAGUAAAAAUUCGAUAUUUCUUCAAUAUAUCUAUAUUUUUUCCCUUCAAACAUUUUUUCAAACAAAUUGUCACUGAUAAGCUACUGGAUUUUUCUUUUAGACUACCUGAAAUUUUUUUUAAACGCAGUAACAUUUUGGGGCAAAUCAUCUGAUUUGUCCCACUACAAAUAUAUUGAAAUAAUACGAAUAUUUUUAGUUUAUAGAAACGAGGAGAGAAAAGAGAAUCAAGUAAAAUGA